UUUUGUUUAUUUAAUUAACUGGUCUAAGGCGCUUGUCGUGAUUUGGUGUGCUACUGAUGUCUAUUCAAAAUCUCCAGACCUAUGACCCAUUUGCAGAAGAAGGUGAGUCAAAUGCGGAAGGUAGGACUGUCCAUAUUCGGAUACAACAACGAAAUGGCCGCAAAACGCUCACUACAGUCCAAGGGAUCCCUGAAAAGUUUGACAAGCGAAAAAUCUUGAAGUACUGCAAGAAACAUUUUGCAUGUAACGGUACAGUAGUUGAACAUGAAGAGUAUGGAGAGGUUUUACAGUUCCAAGGUGAUCAAAGAGAUAAUCUCAAAUCCUUUUUGUGUGAGAUGAACAUAGUCGCACCUGAGGAAGUCAAACUGCACGGUUUUUAAGUGCAUGUUGACAUCCCAUUUGUGAUCAUUCCAGAGGUUACUACUUUACAGAUACCAUCUCUUGCAUGAAAGUAUCACAUGUAUAUUUUCCUGCAUUCGCAUUUUCAGCUAUCAUAUAUCAAGUUCUGAAACCCUAUUAACUUUGAGUAACUUCUGCCAUCUCUGGAUAAUAUAAAAAACAAAUUGUUACAACUCUAUUCUAAUAGAUCUACUUAACUAACACAUGUUUCUGUUUUAGACUCGUAGCGUUUAUAUGUAUACCCCCUCCCUCGAAAAUUAAUAUAUCACUUCAAC